AUGUCAAGCUGUUUGCUUAUGGGCAGCCUAGUGCUGGAUUUUGUCCAUGUGAAGGCUGGGGACUUGGCUCAUCCAGAAGUAGCAGGUGAAAACAGAGGAAUACUGCUUGAGCUGAAGGCGGUUUUGGAAGUGAUACAGAGAGAGCACAGAGAAGAAAAGAAAUGGACGGACUUUCUGCUGCAGUUUCUUAAUGAUCGAUGUGGGUGGGAGAUUGAACGGAGUGAACUAAAACAGUACAUCUCCAAGCUAGAAGCUAACUCGGCCAAGCCAUGUGCCAGUAAAAGUACUUCAGACACUCAGAGAGACGUGAGGAAAGAAAAGACAGAGCAAAGGCGCCUGCUGGAAGACACUCACAUUGCAGCGAUGGAACUCAAAAGGCAGUUGGAAAAUAAUGAUCAGAAUUGGAAAGUGGAAAAGAUGGAGUUGUUGGAAAGAUUUGACAGUGAAAGAAAAGAGUGGGAAUGUCAAUGGAAAGUGAUGCAGAAAAAGAUAGAAGAGCUGUACCAGGAAGUCAAACUAAGAAGGGAGAAAAAUCUGAACGGUGAUGACGGUGAUGUUGAUGAAAAAGUUCUCCAGUUCUCAAUCCCCUCACAGACGGAACCCACCAAGCCAAUUAACUGUGAAAGACAAAACCACCAAAACCACAUAGUCAGCACUGGGCCGGACAAAAACACUAAACUAUUGGUUAACAACUGUCAGCAUUCAAAUAAGGAGAAUACAACUGAAUCCAAAACAUCUGAUAAAAAGCUUGAUGCUCGCAAACCGGAAUCAGAAAAUUGGCUAGCCCAAAGGAUGUCCAAAACCGAAAACGACACGUUGAAUGAUGCUCUAAAAGAGAUUGCCAGAGUCAGCGAGGAACUAUGUAAAUACCAGGAAGAAAUACGGACAAGAUCCAACUGCAAAAGGACUGUGCCAGAUUCCAAGAAAAAACUGCAGACUAAAGCAGAACGGAUUCCUGUGCAUUCUUCGAAAAGUUCUAGAACUAAGCAAAAGGACAAUAUAAGCAGCAUCUCCUCAAUACAAGCUAAGUCAUCCAACUUGACUCACAAUUCAAAGAUAGGUGUUCAGCCCUUAGAAGUUCAAGAUUGUGACUUACCAUCCUGGAAUUUCUCACUGGACUUAACAAGCUCUAUAUAUCCUGAUAUCAAUAAGAAAUCACCCAUUAAUGUGAACCAGUGUUGCAAAGCAAGUAAGGAUCAGACUUCAGACUUAAGCCUGGACAGAUAUAAUGAUGGGCUAUGUCACGUUCAGUGGCUGUGUGACAUUGGAGGACUUGAAGAAUUGAGCUUGACAGAGACUUUGUUUAACAACUUAGCAGAUGUCAGCAGCUUAACUCCAGAAAUGAACAAACAAAAUGCUGCAGUGUCAAGAAAUGGACAUUUCCAUUCCAUUGACAUAUACCCUGAUAUGAUGAUGCUAGGACAUUCCACAGCAGGCUCUGGAUAUAACUAUUUGAACACUAUAAAGAAUGGGAAAUUAGCUGCCAAGAUUGAUGAAUUUAAUAGGAUUGUAUUUAAGACUGACAAGGGAAAUUCAGUUUUUGAUGAAUCUUUAGAUGUUGCCCUGGCUGUGGAAGAAAAGCCAUCAAGUGUCUCGAAGAGUGAAUGUCCAACCAUUGAGAAAGCCAUUAUCCAACCAGUAAAAGUACCUGAUACCAGUGAACAGGUUUGUUUAAACAACAGUCUUCAUAAGCCUGUUAAGACUGUGAAAGCCAGUACUCCACUGAGUCAGACAACUGGUCCUCAAAGUAAAAGUAGCUACCAAAAUGUCUUACAAGAACACAACUGGAAAAGAAUCAACUUGUCAGGAAGGCCUCGGUCAGCCGAUUCUAGAUCUAACUAUGGGGUUGUUGAAAAGCUUUUAAAAAGCUAUGAGACCAAAACUGCUGCUUCCUUGUGUAGUUCUAAGCAGUCACAGAGCACAUGGACACAGUCCGACUUCCUGUUGACUGAAAAUAAUUCUGCAACUUUGAGCCAAUGCUUAGAAAUGCUUCAUCUUGAACAUACAGCAAAGGUUUUACAGAACGACAUCCAUUGGCAGCCCAGACAGGUUACAGUGAGCCUCCAGCUACCCGAGAUAUCCCUAGCAACAUCAUCAGAUGAAAAAGGAUUUUCCCGCCCUGCACGGCCUGCAAAUCAGCGUCCACCUUCAAGAUGGGCUUCUGCAAAAUCCCCGACCAUCCUUUCUGCUGUGAGGAGAGCAACACACUGACGUCUGCUGCAGAGGAAUUUCAAAUCUGGAUGAAAAGUCAUGAAUCUGGUUCUGAAUCAUGUAGU